GAAGAAAGAAAGAAAGAAGAAGUAACGCGGAUGAAUCGUGUUUUUGGAUGGAACACAAAAACAUAACUCCAUUGUCCAAAACUCUAAACUCUCUCUUCUAGUUUCGGUGGCACCAGAUCACUACCUCUCUCUCUUGUCCUACCUUUUUCACAUUCUCUUCUUCUUCUUUUUCUUCUUCUUUCUCGUGAAAGAAAGAUUCUUUAUUGAUUUGAUUAGAUCGAAGCAAAAAUGUCCUCAGCGCCGUCGCCCGGCACAUCUCCACCGUCUCCUUCCACAAACUCAACAACCCCCACUCCUCCUCCAGCCCCUUCUCCACCUCCAACCACAACUCCUCCUUCUCCUCCUCCUUCUUCUCCUCCUCCUACGCCGCCAUCUCCUUCUACUAACACAACCUCUCCUCCUCCUUCUCUUUCCCCUCCUCCUGGACCUUCAACUCCUCCUCUUCCUCAGCCUUCUCCCCCCGCUCCCGUCACUCCAUCUCCUCCUUCUCCCACCACACCUGGAUCAAGCCCUCCACCUCCACCAGGACCUACUCCUCGAACUCCAUCUAACUACCCAUCAUCAGGCUCUAAACCCUCGCCGCCGUCUGAUUCUUCCGAUGGUUUAUCAACAGGAGUUGUGGUCGGAAUCGCCAUUGGUGGAGUUGUUGCGCUUGUUGUACUGACUCUGAUUUGUCUUUUCUGUAAGAAGAAACGAAGAAGACGAUACGAUGAUGAAGCUGCUUACUACGCUCCUCCUCCUUCUGGUCCCAAAGCUGGAGGACCUUACGGUGGACAGCAACAGUAUUGGCAACAACAGAACGCAUCACGACCGUCAGAUAACCACGUAGUGUCGUCAUUGCCACCACCACCUAAGCUUCCUUCUCCACCACGACAACAACCUCCUCCUCCGCCUCCACCACCACCGGCAUUCAUGAGCAGCAGCGGCGGCUCUGACUAUUCGGAUCUCCCGGUGCUUCCUCCACCAUCUCCAGGGCUAGUGUUAGGCUUUUCCAAAAGCACUUUCACUUAUGAGGAGCUGUCAAGAGCUACUAAUGGCUUCUCUGAGGCUAAUUUGUUAGGACAAGGCGGGUUCGGGUAUGUGCACAAAGGUGUAUUGCCAAGUGGGAAAGAAGUUGCUGUGAAACAAUUGAAAGCUGGGAGUGGUCAGGGAGAGAGAGAGUUUCAAGCUGAGGUUGAGAUCAUUAGCAGAGUUCACCACAGGCAUUUGGUUUCUCUUAUUGGUUAUUGCAUGGCUGGUGCUCAGAGAUUACUUGUCUAUGAGUUUGUUCCUAACAACAAUCUUGAGUUUCACCUUCAUGAGAAAGGAAGGCCUACGAUGGAAUGGAGUACUAGAUUGAAGAUUGCUCUUGGAUCUGCUAAAGGACUUUCAUAUCUUCAUGAAGAUUGCAAUCCGAAAAUCAUUCACCGUGAUAUUAAGGCGGCAAAUAUACUUAUGGAUUUCAAGUUUGAAGCUAAGGUUGCUGACUUUGGUCUUGCUAAGAUUGCUUCUGAUACAAACACUCAUGUGUCUACUCGCGUGAUGGGAACCUUUGGGUAUUUGGCUCCAGAAUAUGCUGCAAGCGGAAAGCUCACAGAGAAGUCUGACGUUUUCUCAUUUGGAGUUGUCCUUUUGGAGCUUAUCACUGGGAGGCGCCCUGUUGAUGCAAAAAAUGUCUAUGUAGAUGACAGCUUAGUUGACUGGGCACGACCGUUGCUUAACCGAGCAUCUGAGGAAGGAGAUUUUGAGGGUUUGGCUGAUCCAAAGAUGGAUAAAGAGUAUGAUAGAGAGGAGAUGGCUCGCAUGGUUGCUUGUGCUGCAGCUUGUGUACGCCAUUCAGGUCGCCGUAGACCUCGCAUGAGCCAGAUAGUACGGGCCUUAGAAGGAAAUGUAUCACUGUCUGAUCUGAACGAAGGGAUGAGACCAGGUCACAGCAACGUCUACAGUUCAUAUGGAGGAAGCACUGACUAUGACACGAACCAAUACAACGAUGACAUGAAGAAGUUUAGGAAAAUGGCACUUGGAACUCAAGACUACGGCACAACGGGAGAGUACAGUAAUCCAACAAGUGACUACGGACUGUACCCAUCUGGCUCGAGCAGUGAAGGUCAAACCACAAGAGAAAUGGAGAUGGGGAAGAUUAAAAGACCUGGUCAAGGUUAUAGUAAACCUUCUCUUUAAACAAUUGCAGGGUUUUUCUUUUUUUUUUGGAUUCAUUUUUUUUCUUCUUAUUAACUGUAAAGAUUUAAGGAAAUUGCCUUACUCUCUCUCUCUAAUUGAUCUACACUACGAUAUUUGAUACAUUUUUUUUCUUUCUUUGGUUUCUUUAGAUGUUUGUGAGAUCUUUGAUUCUGGAUUUUAUAUUAUUCUUUCAUUCUUUUUUUUCGA